AUAGGUCGUCUUUAAAUAAUAUAUAUAAAGCGCGCUCUGUGGGACCAGAAAAACCUCAACCAAUCAUUGUCGGCGUGAAUGAUGGCCGCAUUGGUCAGUUAACUUGUCAAUCAAUUUGUUUUCCGUGUUUUAGUUCCUCGUUGACAUCCACACGCGCUCAGGUCCCUGCGCCAAGUGCUGCGCAUGCGCGUAAUUUGUGGCUCAAACCCCGCGAACUUUGGACACUGGUUUAGUUGUUGCGUUCCCUGCUUGACUUCUGAGUGAAAAUGGCUGAUGAACGUCGUGACGAUGAAGGUUCUCGUAAAAGAAAGCCUGUUUGUGACGUAUUUGAGAAAUAUGGCGCUCGUGCACGCGAGUGCGGAGGCGUGAAGGGUGGGGAGGAGAGACCUGCGCAUGCGCAUUCUCCAAAAACUGACUGGCUCUGGUUUCUGAGCUGUCUGUCGGAAAGAUAGUCUGCACGUAUUGCCAUUAAGUUCCACAAUUGCUAGAGCUGACAAUGCUAAUGCUAAGCUCUCCAUUCCAACAAUCAACGCUGUGAUUGGAUCCGUGGUAACCAGCCAGAGGCUGCCUUUGUUUUACGGGACGUCAAGAACUCAUUUCCAGCUCGUGUAGGCCCAACGCUGCGCGCGUCUACGUGUUUGUGUCUGCGCGCGCGUGCGUGGACAUCCCUGCGUGUGCCUCGUCCAUCUGCUUGAAUGCGUGCAUCUUUUUCUAAGUCGGCGGUUGCCAUGGAGACAGUCUCCUCACUGCGAAGAGACAUGUCACUGCUGCAGGCGACAGCGACAUAGUUGUCGGUACCGAGUGCGCGCGCAGUCCUCAGCGGCCAUGGACGCUGCCACACGACAUGCAGUGACAUCAUCACUCGCACAUACGCCCACGGCUUGUGCGUGCGGCGUAUUGGCAGUGGGCUGGCCGCGGCAGCGGAGCUGCAAGAAGACGAAAGAAGAGAAGAAAGAAGGACAAGACGGGAGGGAUGGAGUCCGAAGAGAACGCGGUCAAGUCGUUUCUGCUCAUCCUUCUCCUCGCUGCCUCCUGCACGCCGGUGGGUCCGGCGGCCCCACGGGUCCGGGACCGGGGUCAAGAGCGGGACGGCUGGCAGGUGUUCAGCUCAGCCCAGAGCUCGGGAGGCGGCUGCGUGUGCACGGUGUUGACCCCCUUCGAUGAUGCCGUUUGCUCCCGAGACGCUCGCAGCAAGCAAGUGCGACACCUGCUGGACAAGGUGCACAACAUAAGCCGCUCCAUCGAGGAUUUGGAGCGGCGCAGCCGUCAGGACAUGGGCGUGGUGGAGAAGAUGGAGGCGGAGCUCAGAGGCUUGGAAAACAAGUUCAAAGAGGUGGAGGUGGGGCAUGAGGGCAACAAGGCCAGGCACUACCAGGCCAUGAAGGCCAAAAUGGAGGAGCUGCGUCCGCUCAUCCCGCGGCUGGAGGCGUACAAGGCCGACGCCCUCCUGGUGCGACGCUUCAAGGAGGAGGCGGCCGACGUGACGGCGGCGCUCGCCGAACUGCACGACCGCGCCUCCCCGGCGGACUCCCGAGACCUGCACGCUCGCGUGGCCGGCCUGGAGGAGCGUCUGCGCGCUUGUAUGCGGCGGCUCGCUUGCGGGAAGCUGACGAGAAUAGCCCAGCCCGUCACCGUCAAGACCUCCGGGUCCAGGUUCGGCUCCUGGAUGACGGACCCCGCGGCGCCCGUCGGAGACAACAGAGUGUGGUACAUGGACGGCUACCACAACAACCGCUUUGUGCGCGAGUACGCGUCGCUGCUGGCCUUCAUGACCACGGACAACUUCACCUCGCACCGCCUGCCUCACCCGUGGUCCGGGACGGGCCAGGUGGUCUUGAACGGCUCGCUGUACUUCAACAAGUUCCAGAGUCACACGCUGAUCAAGUUUGACCUGAAGUCGUCGCUCAUCAGCCGCUCCCGCCAGCUGGACUUUGCCGGCUACGGCAACACGUACCACUACUCGUGGGGCGGCCACUCGGACAUCGACCUGAUGGUGGACGAGGGCGGGCUGUGGGCCGUCUACGCCACCGACCGCGACGCCGGCAACAUGGCGCUGAGCCGGCUGGACCCCGACAGCCUGCGGGUGCUGCGCAGCUGGACCACCCAGCACCCCAAGCGCGGCGCCGGCGAGGCCUUCAUGCUCUGCGGCACGCUCUACGUCACCGACGGCCACUCGGGCGCCACCAGGGUCUACUACGCCUUCGCCACCGACUCCUCCACCUACGAGUACGUGGACGUGCCCCUGGCCAACGUCUACGGCCACAUCUCCAUGCUGGACUACAACCCGCGCGACAGGGCCCUCUACGCCUGGAACAACGGCCGCCAGCUGCUCUACAACGUGACGCUCCACCACAUCGUACGCUGACCCUAGCGCGCCACCGCCGAGGUGGUGGCGUCGUCGGCCCGAGCGCGUCCUGCUGCGUCACCGAUGCCGCGGCCUGAGUCGACGUCACGGCCGCGCGGUGACGUUGGCCACAGAUUGUUAUCUUAUUUUUUAUUUUGCGUGUCAUCUCGCUGCCAUUCCGUGACAUCGUCGUGACAUCAUCAUGACAUCAUCGUGACGUCAUUGUGACAUUGUCAUGACAUGGUAGUGACAUCACAGUAACAUCAUCGUGACUUUGUGACCUCUCCUUCCUUUUUGAACUGACUUGUGUUCCUUUUCACUCGAUUGCUUUGAUUGAUUGAUUGAUUGAUUGAUUGGCAAACAUUGCGUUUUGCUGCUUAA